CUGACGUUUGCAGACGUCACAGACGCUAUUUGGUCACAAUUUACUAUUGUUGUCCGAGUCGGCUGUGUGGCAGGCUAAUUUUGACAAGGGAUUUUUCGAAAAAAUCUGAAUAUGACAAGUCUGAUUUCAAGAUACAGUAAAAACACUGUCAGAAUAGCAGAAAGAUUUGCAGAACUGUUAUUCCCAGAAAAAUUGUGGUAUGUCGUCAAUGAUGAUGAUCCAAUGUUCAAAUGGACAGACGAUGGAGCAAGUUUUACAAUCAAUGAAACCUAUUUCGUGGAGAAUGUUCUCGAUAUAUAUCCAGGAUUCUUGCAAAUCAAUCUUUUUGCCAAUGUGCGUCGUCUGCUACGAGAGUAUGGAUUCAUGUGGGAUAUGGAGGGUGAAAAAUAUGUGUUCACCCAUUCCAACUUUGUGCGUGGACACCCAGAAUUGGUGCAAAAUGUGACACGUUGGCGAACCCGUAGACGAUCAAAAACUGGAAGACGAACAAUAUUACAUGCAUUACCGAGAGAACAAAUAUCACCAUUGACAAGCCAGACCGUGUCAAAAUUGGAUAGGUCUACUAAAGAAAGAAUAGAAAUGAUUGUGCCAAAACAGACUACCAAAACAAAGAAAUUUAUAACAAUCAUAAAGGGAAGGGAUUUAAAUUCCUCUAUUGCUGAUAAUAAUGAUCUCAGUCACAACAGUGCACACCUGGAACAAUCAAGAACAACCACAACCAAAAACUUGAUAAAAUCAGCUGGUCACGCAAAUUUUCCAAGAAACAUGUCACCACCAGUUUCACCAACAUUUGCAUCUAGUCAAUCAAAUUCGAAGAACUAUUUGUGUGAUGCAAUGCAAUUCACAGCUGUCAAAAACAUUGCUGAGGAACGAGAUCCUAUUUUGGAACACCAUGUUUGGUCCGCAUUGUUUGACGAUUUCAUUCAAGAAUAUGAUCAUUUACAGCAUCCUCAACCUGCAGAAUUUCGAAAUUCACACCCUGUCAGUAUGUUUGACAAUGAAGAAUAUAUAUAUGAGUUUGAAGAAAUGUAAAACCAGGUUGCAACACAAUCACCAAUAUCAAAGUUGCAAUGUUGAGGUGCUUGUCGUGUCAGUGCCACUGCAAUAGGAAAUGAUUCACAAUUAUAGGCAUAUACUAUAACAGACCACAGUUACAAACGAGUUAAAACAUACUUGGCCAAAUUUGUAAGUUGUGGCGGUGCAGACUGUUUCAUUCCGUUACAAUCAUUCUGAACAACCAAGCCUCAGUCACAAUUUUGCCUGUGCCUGACUCUGCUUUACUCCAGGGAUUUACACAGACUAACUAGAUAGGAAAAUAUUUAGUCAACAUUACUUUGAAGUAGGCUACUUCCAUAUAUUUACCUGUCUUUAGUUGUCAAGAUACAUGUACAGGGUGGGCCAAAAAAUGCCACAUUUUUUUUAAUGCUGUAACUUUUUUAAUUUUUGAUCCAAAAUCAUAAUUUGCAUUCCAAAUGAAACUUGAAGUUGCAGUCUAGCCAUGCAUUAUAAAUUCUUAACUUAUAGUCAGAUAAAAGAUGUCACCAGCAUCUCACUUAAACAUGUGGUGCACCAUGAAAAGUAAACAUAAUUUCCAUAAUAUACCUAAACUGAUACCACCUGAUGACCAACCAUCUAAUAGUUCUGAUCUCUGUUAGAUCUAAUACAAUCUAAGUUGAAGGACCUUACUCACUUCUACUUAUGGCUCUCAAAUGGAGAAAUGGACAGCUGAAUAAUAGUGACCUUUGAAACACGAAUUAAGUCGAUACGCAGCUUACUUUUGUUCUCUAACUAUGUCAUAUAUCAUUAUCAUCCUUUCGUGCAAGUAUUGGAGCGCUGAAGUACUUCCUUUUCGACUAAGACUUGUAAUUGUUAGUCGAGUGAAUGUUUUUACUGCCAAAUUCCAAUAUGGCGUUUUCUGCUCGGACAUUUUCGUAAAUCUCCGGAGGUUUCCGAACCUAAAUCAUUCUCAAAAUUCAUUUCGUUCGCUCCUAGCAAAGCGUCAUAUAUAUUGGUUGAAAAAACAUUCACACAAUGAACAUUUUACAAGUCUUGAUCAAAAAAGAAGUAUUCCAGCGCUCCAAUACUUGCACGGAUUGAUGAUACUGAUGUAAGACACAAUUAGAGACCAAAAGUAAGCCGCAGAAAUCUUUAUUCCAGUUUUAAAGGUCACUAUUAUUCAUCAGCUGUCCAAGUGCGCCGUGGGAAAGCUAUUAUAUCAAAAUCCACAUAGCUUUCGCAGGAAGUAAGUAGGACCUAUUUCAUUAUUUUAUUGCUUAGGACCCCUGACCCUAUUAUAUGACUGCAAAAUUUGGUGUACGUAGGUUGGGAAAUAAAAAUUGCGUUUUUGGCUCACUCUGUAUAUCCAAUAAUGCACUGGACAAAAAUGUAAAUAAUGUUGAUCGGGUAGUCUACACUUGUAUUUGCAAAAUCCACAUGAAUUUGAAUGUUCAAAUCUUGUAAGUAUUUUUUGGUUUGUACUCGCUUUCAAAUUCUUUUACACAUGCCUUUCCUAUUUUCUGUAAGCUAUUUAAAUGGAGAAUACAGCCGCUUUUGUCUUUGCAGCAGAUAUUGUUCAUUGUUUCUUCCUUUGAAUUUUAGAAAUGUUGUUUUGAAAAAUUGAAUGAAACUGAAGAUA